AUAUUCGAAAAUCACGAUCGUCGUCGUCGUCAAAAAAAAACUUUUGUCGUCAUUUUUUUUUUGUUGUUGUUGUUUAUUCAAGUUGCUCUUCAACAUUGUACACAUCAUCAAAAAUAAAGAAAGUAACAAAAAAAAAAAAAAUUCGAUUAAAAAGUUUUUCAACAUUCACGUUUCAUUCAAUUUGUUUGAAAAAAAUAUCAAAAUAUGGCUGAAAAAAUGAAAAAAAUUUCCAACCAUGUGAUCAAUUGUAAUGCUGGACCAGCUCGUGUUCCAUAUGAUGUUUUACGUAAAGCACAAGAAGAAUUAAUUUAUUAUGAAAAUACUGGAAUCAGUGUUAUGGAAAUGAGCCAUCGUUCACCGGAAUUUGACAACAUUAUACGUACGGCAGAAAAAUUGCUUCGUGAAAUAAUGACCAUUCCCGAUAAUUAUCGAGUAUUAUUCGUACAUGGUGGCGGUACCGCACAGUUUGCAUCGAUACCAUUGAAUCUUUGUCCAGAAUAUAAAGGUUGUAAAGUUAAUUAUGCAAUCACUGGUACAUGGUCCGAAAAAGCAGCUAAAGAAGCUGAAAAAUAUUGUCAUGUUUGUCGUGUAACACCAAAACUUGAUAAAUUUACUUCCAUACCUGAUGUGGAUACUUGGAAGAUAGAUCCUGAUGGCAAAUAUUUAUUCUAUACUGACAAUGAAACAAUCGCUGGCGUUGAAUAUCAAUAUCAAGUUAAACCAUUCAGUGAUACAAUGCCCGUUGCUAUUGAUAUGACAUCGAAUUUUCUUUCAAGACCUAUUGAUGUUUCUAAUUAUGGUGUUAUUAUUGCUGGUACACAAAAAAAUGCCGGUAUUGCUGGUCUAGCCAUCGUUAUUGUUCGUGAUGAUCUACUUGGUAAACCUAUGUCCAUUUGUCCAACAAUUUUGGAUUAUACAAUAUUGAACAAAAUGAAUUCUCUUUAUAAUACACCACCAUGUUAUCCAAUAUAUAUGACUAGAAUUUAUUUACAAUGGAUUAAAGAUCAAGGUGGCCUUGAAGUAAUGGGCGAUCGUUCAGAUCAACGAGCAAGAUUAAUCUAUGAUACUGUUGAUCAAUCAAAUGGUUUCUAUUACAAUGGUGUUAAUCCAAAUUGUCGUAGCCGUAUGAAUGCAGUAUUUCGUAUCGGUGGCCAAAAAGGUGAUGAACAAUUGGAAAAACAAUUCAUACAGGAAUGUAAAGAACGUAAAAUAAUUGGUGUCAAAGGACAUCGUUUGGUUGGUGGCAUACGUGUAUCAAUGUUCAAUGCAAUGCCAGUUGAAGAUGCUAAAUUUAUUUCCGAUUUUAUGAUUGAAUUCAUGGAAUUGAAUCGGAAAUAGUAAGUGAAAAAAAACCACAUUUAUUCUGAAUGAAUUUCUGUUCCUAUACAUUGCAUAUAUAUAUUCUGAUUUAAAAAAAAAACCAAAAAUGGAAA